UACAGUACAGUUUGUGGCAUGUACAUUGUAAUAGAGAUCAAUGCCAAGGCCGUACUGCUGAAGGGUCUUAGCGUGAGUGAAAUGGUUUGGAAAAACUCCGCGAUUUUAUUGAGCUCCUUUGCCAAUCGCUUGGGAUUUACAACCCAGCAUACUGUGUUCAUCAUUCCAAUCAAACCAUGUAGUCGACGAUUUCUCAACAGAAGGAAAGUUACGCUUGAUUCAUUCCUCCAAGUAAAAGGGUUUGCCAACUCGGAACUACGGGGAGUACGGGUACGCAGCAGUAGCAGCACCGUGUCGAGGACGAACGAUGCCGGGAAAGCCCCGGCACGUCCCUUGGAUCACGCGCUGCCCGCUGACAUUGAAGCUGGCGCGCGGGCCAAACUGGACUUUUCCUGCCCGUCCACGUUCCGAUACAAAACGGCGUGGGAACUCCUGCGUGGAUUGUUAGUGCUAAAACUAUCAAGCUACCAGAAGUUUGUUGACAACAGUUUGAAGAUCAUGGGCGUCUCACAGCGCAUCUUGGGCCAGAGGCUCUUCGGCGUGGCGGCCAGGUGUACGUUUUACGGCCACUUCAUCGCAGGGGAAGGUGAGGCCGAGGCCAGGCGAUUGGUGGAACGACACGAGAAACUGGGCGUGGCCACAAUCCUGUCAGUAACGGCUGAAGAAGACGUUGGUGAAACUGUAGGGAGCUAUGAUGAGCCGAGAUAUGACCACAAUGCCAAUGGCUACAUGCAAUGCAUGGAUCUCUCGCUGGCAUUGUCAAGAAGGUUUCGGCCUGUCAGCCAACUGAAGGUGACCUCGUUUGCAAAAGCAGAUGUCUUGGCCAGAGUGACAGAAUUACUCCAAGAAAAUAGUUUGCCAUAUGAUAACAACUCUCCACUGAGUGUUGGCAAUCUGGCCAAGGGGUUAGACGGUCAAAUGCUCUCCAUCCCGGGGCUAAAUGAGGCAGAGAACAAGCAUCUGAGAUUGGUGUUGAAGAGACUCAACGAAAUAGGCCAGCGUGCAAUCAAGAACAACGCCCAGCUUCUGGUGGAUGCCGAGAAGACCAACAUCAACCCAGGAAUAACGCUGCUGUGCCUGGCUCUGAUGCUGAAAUUCAACAAGGAAUUCCCUGUGAUAUGGAACACGUACCAGUGCUACCUGAAGCAAACCAUGAACGAAGUCAGAAAUGACUUGCAGUGGUCUGAACAGCAAGGCAUCUGCUUUGGAGUUAAGAUUGUCAGGGGUGCCUACAUGGAUGCCGAGAGGGCCUAUGCAGCAGAACAUGGGCUUGAAGACCCCGUUCAUCCAAGCUUCGAGGCUACCAGUGACAUGUACAACGCUGUCAUUGCUUUUAUGUUGAACCACAUACACCGGAACCCGGGCCGAUGUGGCCUGAUCGUAGCCACACACAAUGAGGAGUCCGUGCUACGGGCAGUGAUACGGAUGGAGGAGCUAGAAUUGUCGCCCACCUCUGGUGAGGUCAUCUUUGGUCAAAUCUUGGGCCUAUCCGACAGAAUCACAGUUGCACUCGGCCAAGCAGGCUACCUUAUCUACAAGUCGUCACCCUACGGCCCAGUGGAUGACGUGUUGCCGUAUCUGGCGCGCCGGGCUCUGGAAAACCGAGCCAUUCUGCAGAACACGCACCGUGAACGCUCACUGAUGGUGCAAGAGAUCAAGACAAGAUUCAGUUUGCGCUAGUGCUUCUGUUGUUAGAAUGAAGUGGGGAUGACCAAUCUAACGAAGCUGUUAAUUGAGGUGGCACCGUACUCCAGCAUGGGUUGUAUGCCAAACUCAGAGCCCCUUCAACCAAUAGACCUUUAUCAUGCUGCCACCAUGUCAGUCAUGUUCCCCGUAUCCAGUAACAGUACUGAACGAUAAUGGUUUUUGUGCAAAAAGGAACCAGACUAUUUUUCCUUCCAGCCUCGCUU